CCCAGGCCUGGUGCAGCCUCCAGGUAGCAGCCUUGCGCCACCUGCAGUGGGGCCGCCAGUGAAGCCCACACGGAUGACCAGCCAGGCUUCCCUGAAGGCCAGGCCUUCCAGGGCUGGGCCAGGAGCUCCCUGCCUGAGAGAUGACUAAUGCCUCAGGGCUCCUGGGAGCAGCCGACGCCCCCCUGGUCUGGGCAGCCUGGCUGCAGCACAAGCCCCAGCCAGCCAUGCCCGCCGUGCCCCCCGGGCUGCAGAUGGACCGCAUGGGGAACAGCUCCCAGGGCACCUCCCAGCUAUUCCUCACCACCGCACUGGCCCGCGGCAUCUCAGGCAUCUUCGUGUGGACCGCCCUGGUGCUCACCUGCCACCAGAUCUACCUGCACCUGCGCUCCUACACGGUCCCCAGUGAGCAGCGCUACAUCAUCCGCCUGCUGCUCGUGGUGCCCGUCUAUGCCUUCAGCUCCUGGCUCAGCCUCCUCCUCCUGGGGGGCCACCAGCACCACAUCUACCUGGACUCCCUGCGGGACUGCUACGAAGCCUUCGUCAUUUACAGCUUUCUGAGCCUCUGCUUCCAGUACCUGGGGGGUGAGAGCACCAUCAUGGCUGAGAUCCGAGGAAAGCCCGUCCGGUCCAGCUGCCUCUACGGGACCUGCUGUCUUCAGGGCAUGGCCUACUCCAUCGGGUUCCUGCGCUUCUGCAAGCAGGCCACGCUGCAAUUCUGUGUCGUGAAGCCUGUCAUGGCCUUGGUCACCAUCAUCCUGCAGGCAGUUGGCAAAUACCACGAUGGGGACUUCAACAUCCACAGCGGCUACCUGUAUGUCACCCUCAUCUACAACGCCUCCGUCAGCCUGGCUCUCUAUGCCCUGUUCCUUUUCUACUUCGCCACCAGGGAGCUCUUGCGGCCCUUUGAGCCCGUCCUCAAGUUCCUCACCAUCAAGGCCGUCAUCUUCCUCUCUUUCUGGCAGGGUGUACUCAGAGAAGAAGGACAACUCGCCAGCCCCCACGGCUCCCAUGCAGAGCAUCUCCAGCGGCCUCAAGGAGACCAUGAGCCCACAGGACAUCGUGCAGGACGCCAUCCACAACUUCUCGCCUGCCUACCAGCACUACACGCAGCAGGCCAUGCAAGAGGCCUCGGGGCCCGGCCAGGGCGGGCCCCCCUCCCCCAGCACCCACCCCAGUGUGGCCGGUGGGCCUGGCGGGGGCAGGAAGGGUCGCAAUUUGGAAAAGAGGAUGCUGAUCCCCUCGGAGGAGCAGUAGGAGGCUGGCUGGCGCAGGCCUCCGCGGCAGGACGGGGCCCUGACCACCAGCACUCUUGCCAAAGGUCAAGCCUUUCCAGGGAGCUCCCCCGCCGGGGCCCUGCAGCCCACUCUCCGUCCUGCCUCUGCCAGGCCCGGGAGAGGGCACAUGAGCUUAUCAGCUCGGGCAGCCACUGUGGGGCAGGGAGCCAGUGUGGCCUCACUGGACAGACAGAUCCCAGGCUGGGCAGCUUCGGGGAAGGGCGGCUGGGGGAGAGCUGUGCAGCCAGCCUGCAAGCGCUGGCACUGUGGGCGCCGCAGGCAGGCGACUCCGCUGGGCCUGGCUCUGGCCCUCUUGGGCCCGUGGGAGAAGGGCCAGGGCUGCUCCACACGACUUCCAGCCACGGGGAGCUCUGACCACCCCCCAGCGCAGGCAGGGGCCUGAUGUGGGUCUGGGGGUGCCUGGGGCCACUGGUGGUGCAGACAGGGCUUCUGGUGUCCCCACUUAUUUAUACAUAAAU